UAGGAAACAAAUUUACAUAGAUUGUAACACACACAUCGUUCGUUGGUGUGACGGCUAACGGAUUGUUGUUCAUGAUAAAACAAGCAUUUACCAGGUCUUUUAGUAAAAUAAGCUACCAUCUACAAAAAGAAUUCACAGAAUUCUCCAGUAGAUUUAUUUUGAUAAUGCCCAAACCUAUUGUUAUAAGUGGACCUUCUGGGAGUGGAAAAAGUACCCUUCUUACCAAACUAUUUGAAGAAUUUCCUAAUUGCUUUGCCUUCAGUGUGUCACAUACAACAAGAAAGCCCAGGUCAGGAGAACAACAUGGAAAAGAAUACUUUUUUGUUCAAAUGGAAGAAUUUGAAAAAAUGAUAGGAGAAGGUUCAUUUUUGGAACAUGCACAGUUCUCUGGCAAUAGAUAUGGAACAAGUAAGAUGGCCGUGGACCUGAUCCAGAAAUCAGGCAGACUUUGUGUACUAGACGUGGAAAUUAAUGGAGUGAAAAACAUAAAACAAACCGACCUAAAUGCUGUAUUUAUUUUUGUCAAGCCACCUUCAUUGGAGGAUUUGAGGAAAAGAUUAGAAGGAAGAGGCACAGAAACAUCUGAGUCCUUACAGAAACGCCUGGACACUGCUCAAGAGGCUCUGGAGUAUGCUGAGCAACCAGGAUCCUAUGAUCACAUAAUUGUUAAUGAUGAUAUUGAUGCAGCAUAUGAGAAGUUGAAAAAGAUUGUUGAAGAAGAUAUUAAUUCUCUGACAAAUGGUACAAAUGGUACAACUAAGGAUGAAUAGGAAACUAUACCUAUGAGGGACCGUUAGCAAUAGUUAUAAUAGCAGUUCCGGGGACCAUUCAUUUUUCAUAUAUUAAUUACUAUAUUUUUUCAAGUCAGAGAUAUUAUAUAUUUUUUUUCUUUAUUUUAGACUCCCCCUCCCUACUGAAAUAUUUUUGUUGCCAUGUAUCAGUUUCUAGAUCUGAGAAAUAUAUUCAUAAAAGUUACAACAUUACAUAAUGUGUACAUGUUGUUUUAUUUUUGGAUUAAUUGAAUGAGUAAUACUGAAAUUUUUCAGAAAAGUAAUCAUAGUAUUAUUACAAAUGUAUUUAUGUAAUUUACCUUUUUAAUUUGAAAAAAGAAAACAGUACCCCCCCCCCCCCCUUACGCUGGUUGUUUCUCACUUUUAUAUAUUAAGAUUCCUUAUAAAUUAUAACUGACAUUUAAUGUAAAGAAAACAUUUUCAAUUCAAUAUCCUUUAAUAUCCUUUAAAUUAAAUAGUCAAUUUUGGAUUGGAGAGGUUUUUUCAUAAUGUACAGGAUUUAAAAAAAAAAAAAUAGAUGUAAGCAGAAAAGUUGUUUUUUUCAUUUACACUUAAAGCUCAAGGUGCAGUUACAAUUUCAAGAUUCUCAAACUUUAAUUUUUUUCAGUUUGAUUCUUGCCUUGGUUUCUCUGUAACCCACAUAUUUGUACAGAUAAUAUUUUUUUUCAUACAUCCUCACAUUUCAUCCCUGGAACCGUAUGUUGAUAGUUCCCUCAAUUUGAACACAUCACACACACUUUUCCAUAUUUUUGAAAUUUACAUUAAAAACUUGAUGUAUUUGAAAGUGCAAUUAUGAUUUACUUUUACAAGCAAUAAAGAUGGGGAAGGAAGAAGAUCAACUUCUGUUCUUUUAAGUGUCCAUGUUCAAGAUUAUUAUAUUCAAAAUCAGUGCAUGGGUUGUGUUUUGGCUUCUUUAUAUUUACAGUUUGAAAUCUCAUUUUAAGAAAUACUAGAAUUAUACUAAACAUUCAUGCUUACCCUUCCCUGCAGCUAUGUUUUAUUGCCUCUUUUAACUUAUGCAUUUACAAAGAUUGAAUAUAUAGAAAUCAACAUGUACAAUAAUAUGUGUAAGGCCUUUCCAAAUUUUUUCUUUGUGUGCAUCAACCCUUAAUUCGAAAACCUAUCUUUUUAUCAAAAAACA